GCACCAAUGCACUAUAGUAUCAGAGUGAAAGGCGCUCAGUGAGCAGCAGAUACUGAGAUACCCAGAGCACAGGGACACCGCAACUUCUCUGUACCCAGACUGCACAUUCCUAGCUGGUGGAUACUGGAUAACAGGACACAGCAACAUACUUUCAUCAUUCAGGUGCUGAUUUAUCUGACACUUCCCAGCUCUUCCCGCAGACACUGUAUGCAAAGUUUUUCUGGGACUGAGUAAAGUAGCAAAACUCUCUAGUUACUGAUCAGAAGAGAGUUUGGGGGCGCGUUUCAGUUCCCUGGGAGGUAUAGACUGACUUCAAGGAGCAUCUAACCAUCACGUGUAGCAGAGAGAAUGUUGCUGUCUCACUGGUACAUCACACUUGUUUUGCUGCCAGUCUGCUUAAGGUGCCAGAAGUUGCCAACAAGAGAUGAAGAACUGUUCCAGAUGCAGAUCAGAGACAAAGCUCUGUUCCAUGAUUCAUCUGUAAUUCCUGAUGGAGCUGAAAUCAGUGGCUAUCUUUUCAGAGACAAUCCUAAAAGGUAUUUCUUUGCGGUAGAAGAAGAUAACACACCUCUGUCAGUUAUUGUUACACCCUGCGAUGCACCACUAGAGUGGAAGCUGACGCUACAGGAGCUCCCUGAAGAGGCUAGCGGGGAAGGAUCAGGUGAGCCUGAACCUCUGGAGCAGCAAAAACAGCACAUUAUGAAUGAAGAAGGCACUGAGCUGUUCUCCUAUAAAGGGAAUGAUGUGGAGUACUUUGUGUCUACAAAUUCUCCAUCUGGUUUGUAUCAGUUGGAAUUAAUUUCAACAGAAAAGGACACACACUUUAAAGUUUAUGCAACAACUACACCAGAAUCCGAUCAGCCUUACCCAGAGUUACCGUAUGAUCCAAGAGUUGAUGUGACAUCACUUGGACGCACCACAAUCACCCUGGCAUGGAAACCAACUCCUACUUCAUCUCUUUUAAAACAGCCCAUCCAGUACUGUGUUGUUAUCAGCAAGGAACACAAUUUUAAAAGCAUCUGUGCUGUUGAGGCUAAAAUCAGUGCAGAUGAUGCUUUUAUGAUGGCUCCCAAGCCUGGGUUAGACUUCAGUCCCUUUGACUUUGCCCAUUUUGGGUUUUCAUCAGAAAAUGACGCUGGCAAAGACCGAAGUUUCAUGUCAAAAACAUUGUCGACAAAGUUGGUACGUCAAAUGACUGUCAAACCAAAGGUUGAUCUUCAAAAAGUUUGCAUCGGAAACAAAAACAUAUUUACCGUGUCUAAUCUGAAGCCUGAUACCCAGUACUACUUUGAUGUGUUCGCGGUAAACUCUGCCACAAAUAUGAGCACUGCGUAUGUUGGAACAUUUGCUCGAACCAAAGAAGAAGCUAAGCAGAAAACAGUGGAACUGAAGGAUGGUAAAGUUACUGAUGUGUUCAUUAAGAGAAAGGGUGCCAAGUUUCUAAGAUUUGCUCCGGUUUCAUCACACCAAAAAGUAACUUUCUCAGUUCAUUCUUGCUUGGACACUAUUCAGAUCCAGGUCAGAAGGGAUGGGAAACUGCUCUUGUCACAAAGUGUGGAAGGGGUGCGUCAGUUUCAGCUAAGAGGAAAGCCCAAAGCUAAAUAUGUGAUCAGACUCAAAGGGAGCAAAAAAGGAGCCUCUAUGCUAAAAAUCUUGGCAACAUCAAAAUUUAACAAACAACCAUUCCCUUCUCUGCCUGAAGAUACACGAAUCAAAGCUUUUGACAAAUUGCGUUCAUGCUCCUCAGUCACAAUAGCAUGGCUGGGAACACAAGAAAGAAAUAAAUAUUGUGUGUAUAAAAAAGAAGUGGAUGAUGACUACAGUGAAGACCAAAAGAAACGAGAACAAAACCAGUGUUUGGGCCCCGAUACCAGAAAAAAAUCAGAGAAAGUCCUCUGCAAAUAUUUCCACAGUCAGAACCUGCAUAAAGCAGUCACCACUGAGACAAUUAAAGGACUUGAGGCUGGGAAAUCUUACAUGUUGGACGUCUAUGUCAUGGGUCAUGGAGGCCAUUCAGUCAAAUAUCAAAGCAAAGUUGUAAAAACAAGAAAGUUCUGUUAAAAUCCUUGUGCGCUCGUAUGUGAAAUGUAUCCUCCAGUGAGCAUACUGACUGACUACUUGUGCAGCUAAGAGUUGUGACUUGUAAAGUACACAGUACCUAUAGCGGUGUAGAAAGAUAUCAACUGUAUACUUCUGUUUACAUAUCAAAGUGGUUGCUUGUAAGUGGUAAUCCUGCUACUUCUCUGGAGCUGAGAGACAGAUGGCAUUAUUAUAUGUCUGAGGCGCGAUAUCAGACACACGGUAGAUGAAGUAAUGAUAAUGCAGGAUGGAGAUGGAACGAGGGACAAUCUCAGUUGCAUUACACAGUGCAUGAACUGCCUCUAACUUAUUUUAUUAAGUACCUGGCCAAGGCAAGUCCUUUGGCUCUCUUCAUAUUCACACAAGUACAAUCUAGAGAUGAUAGACUAUAUGUAAAUUAUUUUAUAACGUUCUGUCCCAAAUUCUGUUUAUGUUCCACAACUGUAAACAACAAAAUAAUUCCCUGCUAAAUAUAAAUGGAAUCAUAAGUAUUAACUGGACCUUUUCCUUUUUAAUUCCUUGGCUAUUGUACAUUCCUACUAGACAUGUUUAUUUUUAAAUAUGUAUUGUAUGUAUAAAGUUGUUAAACAUAUAUUCCUGUACAUAAAAAAUUAAAAGUAUGAGAUUAUAUAUUACUUUUGUUCUCUCAGUGUCUGAAUACCAAAUCAAAAACGUGAUUUUGUAAUCCAUCUGCUAAUCCAACGUGACUUUGUGCGCAAAAUAUAGAAAUUCAUAUUAAAGUUAUAUAAAACAAAUAUAUAUUAAAAAAAUAUAUAAAGUACAUUUAGCAGUAAAUGAGAUUCAUGUAGCAGAAAGAAAAUAGACUGAGGAACAAACAAAGUAGAAGACAGUCUUAUUGUGACUGGGACAGUGGGGAAGUUUUCAAAGGGCCACCCAGUAUAAUGGAAGCAUUAAACAAGAUGGAACACACAAUAAGUGACAGCACUUUGUAGUUUAAUCCACAAGCAAAACUAAAAGCUGCAGCGUUUUCAAGGUAGUGUUAAAAUGACAAGAUGUUAUUAAUGGAAAUCACUGUAGUUCUUUGUGAUGGCUGUACAGAAACCAACUUUAAUGUUGGUUUAAAUUUUUAUCACUCAACAAAAUCAUUUUGUAAAACGAUGUGUAAACAAAAGGCAGGAUGCAGUAUCUAGCAUAGUUGUCAUGCAAUUCUAGUAACAUCAGAAGAAUGAUAGUAACUAUAUUAAAUAGGUUUAUAUUUUAAGAACUAUAGCAACAGUGGGAGAAAAAUAAAUGUGGUAGAAAAUUCCAUCAUUUAAUUCACCAACAAUUACAAUGCGGAGAAUUAUAUACACAUUGGAAAUGAAAACACAGAGCCGCACUAGUCUUGAGGUUUAUUGUUGCGACAGAUAACAAAUAUAUUAAACUGUUGCAUUACCUGAUAUUAUUGUAUAAUGCAGGCCUGUAAGAAGCAUGUGUGCUUAAGGUUCUACAUGCUUGUCAGUUUGUGAUCAGAGGUGUGAUGUAUAGUCAUGGACCGAUCUGUGUAUUUUUUUUGUACAGUUGUCACUUUCUUUGUAUUUCAUAUUUUUAAUGGUUGUCUGUUUUCCCUUUGUAUUUGCUCUUUGUGUAUAAAAUGUGUGACCAUCAGGUUGUUUGGCCUUUAUAUUUAAAGAUGUAAAAUAAAUAACACUUUUAUUUAUCUUGUUUUAAUAUGUCAUUCAUAUAUUAUUUCUUUAGGAUGAGUGACAUGGAGAGCCAUGUUAUUAAUAGUAUUUCACCCAAGUUAUUAAAUGUCUUUUUAUAUCUCCAGUGGGAGGAGUCUCCUGUGGAUAUCUGGUGAUUCUGUAUAAAAUGUUUAUCUGCUGUACUUACUGAUAUUGUAUAAAAUGUUAAUCUAAAUUAGAGGAUGCCAUAAUAAGUCUCAGUUCUACAUUCUUUAUUUUAUUUUUUUGGACUAAAAUAAAUAACAAAGUCAUUAAUU